CUGUUCCAAGCACAGUUCACGAUAUUCAGGAUAUGAUUUUUUUUCUAUAAUCCAAACGUGAAGCGCGUGAUCUACAGUGCAGCACUGCAGUGGCUGGUCCGAUAGCUGCCGAUCGAGCGCUGAAUGAACUGUCUACACAUCCCAUCGAUCAUCCGAUCAAGACGCGUAGGUUCCUGACUCCUGAGCAACAAGUUCGUCGCUUCUUCUUGCUGGCUGCUCGCCGCCGCGUGCGCCAUGGAACCCCUCUCCCUCCUCCAGCUCCCGCGCGUCUCCCUUCCCGUCAUCACCACCACCGCGCCACUGAACUCCAGGAGGCAGCAAGGCAGCAGCGCAUGUCUCGUCCCACAACGCCGCCGCCGUGGCGUCCGGCUGUCAGCCCCAGCCGUGGCCAGCGAGACGCCGCGCACCGUGGAAGCGCCGUCCCCGUCGCCGGCGUCCGGGAAGGACGACGACGCGUUCGACUGGCUGGACCAGUGGUACCCGAUCGCCCCCGUCGACGACCUCGACCCCGGCGCGCCGCACGGCAAGACGGUGCUCGGGCUCCGCGUCGUCGCCUGGCACGACCGCGCCGCCGGCGAGUGGCGCGUGUUCGAGGACGCCUGCCCGCACCGCCUCGCGCCGCUCUCCGAGGGCCGCAUCGACGGCAAGGGCAGGCUCCAGUGCGUGUACCACGGCUGGUGCUUCGACGGCGCCGGCGCCUGCCAGUUCAUCCCCCAGGCGCCGGCGCUCGGGCCGCCAGUGCACAAGAAUAGCAGGGCGUGCGUGGCGUCGUACCCCUGCGUCGUGCAGAACAAGAUCCUAUGGUUCUACCCGCGGACGGAGCCCGAGUACAAGGACGUGCUGCAGAGGAAGCGGCCGCCGUACAUGGCCGAGCUUGACGACCCGUCCUACUUCACCGUGUUCGGCAUGAGAGAUCUCUUCAUGGGGUACGAUGUUUUGGUUGAAAACCUCUUUGACCCUGCUCAUGUCCCGUAUGCGCACAAGGGGUUGCUGCCCAGCUUCCGCGAUGAGCAAGAUCCCGGAAGAGUUGAGCACGAUCAAGAGUGUGGUGAUCCGAUCACGAUGAAGAUAGAUCAGACCGACAUAAACGGGUUCUUGUCGACGAUGAAAGGAGGCAGCAUCCGCUUCGUGGCGCCAUGCACGUUCCAUGGCACACCACCUACCAAAGUGUACGCUGACGGCAAGGCAGCGGCUUGGUUCAUGCUCGUGGCCUUCUGCAUCCCUGUUGCUCCAGGGAGGAGUAGGUUAAUCUGGGCGUUCCCCAGGAAUGCUGGGGUUUGGCUUCUCAAGAUCAUACCACGGUGGUUCUCCCACAGCAUCACCAAUCGUGUAUUGGAUUCAGAUAUCUGCCUCGUCCACUUUGAGGAGCGCAAUUUUAUUGCUGCGGGACUUGACAAUUGGCACAAGGCUUGCUAUGUGCCCACAUCUUCAGACGGCAUGGUCGUUGCGUUCAGGAAUUGGUUUAGAAAGUACUGCAAGCAUCAGGUUGGCUGGGGAAGCCCACAAGUUGAACAGUUACCACCAUCCCCUACCAAGGAUAAGCUCCUUGAGAGGUAUUGGUCACACGUCGUGCAGUGCACCAGCUGCAGUGCGGCGCUGAAGGCCAUGAAGGCGCUCGAGGUCGCCAUGCAGGUCAUGUCAGUCGCCAUUGUUGGGUUCCUCUCCGUUGCCAAGGGGACUUUGCUCGCAUCGACUGUUCAGAGAACCGCGGUCAUGUCUGCAGCUGUGCUGUGCUUCGUUGCAUCCCGUUGGCUUGCUAAUUACAUAGAGAAGAAUUUCUAUUUUCAAGAUUAUGUUCAUUCUUACAAGUGAAUGAGUUUCAGAAGAUCUUGCCAGUAAAAUUUAUAUGAAAUAGAUAGAAGAUGCAAUCAUCUAGUAUAUGCACGUAAAAUUUUAGCAGAUGGUUUCUCCUUACAAAAGGUUUUUGUUCAAACUCAAGUUUGCGUGAACAUAGAUUAUAGAUGAUUGCAUCAUCUAUCCACCCAUAUUUUUGU